UAACAUAUAUUUUUUAAAAUUAUAAAAAAAGAAUAAGAAUAAUUAAAAUAAUGUUUGGUAGUAUAGACUUAUUAGAUGGUAGUAGUACAAAAACUCCAAAGAGGUCGCAUUCUGGAGUGGGGAGUUUUCAACUCACAACAACCCUUCCUUUUAUAAUUAAUUCACACACACAGAGAGUCACGCGCCUUCGUUUCUUCCCCUUUCUCUCUCCGUGGAAACCGGUUACUUUCUAUUUUCUCCCUUCCUUCUAACCAAUGUUCCAUUAUUCCUAACCCUUAAACUAAACUAAACCCUUUCUUUCACUUGUUUCAAUUUAAGUUUCUUCAACUCUUCUUCUCCCUUAAACGACGAUGCCGUUUCCGUGGAAGAAAAACCGCGUCCCCCGAAUCUCCCAAAUCGUCGCCGAUCUCCAAUCGCCCAAACGCGGCGGCUCCCUCGUCGUCGAGACCGGCUUCCCCACCUCCCUCAUCGACCUUUUCGUCAAAAACCGAAGUCGCUUCCAAAAACACCGCUCCAAAAAACCACCGCCGCCGCCGCCGCCAAAAUCCCUCUCCGCCACCGAUCCGCCUCCCCCGCCGCCUCCCUCUCCGGCCACCUCUCCGCCGCCACGCGUCCCCACCUUUCCAGCCACUCCAAUACAACAAAACGACACCGCCGUUUCGGCUCCGGAUCGAAUUGCCCAGUGCUCUCCCCGGUCGGGUGUGAACGCUGUCGUUCUCGUCGCGAAGAUUCUGAUGGUGUUGGUUCUGGUCGCGAGCGUGGAGAGGCUCACCGUCGGAAUCACCGCGUCGGCGUUCUCCCUUCUGCUUCUCGAAUACGCAGGCCGGCGCGUCGUGGUUUCGUGUUCUGUUCCAGAAUCAUGGUGGUUCCAAAAGGUUGGGAUGAAGGAGCGUGUUGAAAGAAUUGAAUUUGAAUCCGAGGAAUUGAGCAACAAGGGUUUGUCAAUCGAUGAAAUUGAGGAUGUGGAAACAACCGACGAAGUGGGUGUUAGUUGCGAAAUUGGUGACGUGGCAUUGAAGGUUUUGGAGCCGUGUUUAUGUGAUGAAGAUGUUUCUGAAUGCAAGAUUAGACCUAGCCGAAGUGGUAGGUUUAGGUCCAAGAUGGUGAAGCUUGUUUCUAAGAAAUUUCGUGGGUCUAAGAAAGAGAAAAAGGGUGAGGUGAAUAAACACAAUGAGGGUGAGUCAGGGAGUGAAAUUUCAAGCGCUGUGGGGGAAGAAAAGUUACCAAUUUUAGAAAUUGAAGUAGAGGAAGAGAAUGGGGAUAAUAAGUCAAGUAACAGUAAACUUGAUUGUGGAAUCACUUGUUCCUAUGAUAAUGAGAAGAGAGUGGAAAGAGUUGGGAAUUCAGGUUCUUCCAUGGUUUUAGUUAUGAUUAUUGCCCUUGUUGGGCUUCUUUUGGGGCGCUUCCCAGCAUUGGUUCUUUUGAUGACAUGGUGUUGCUUGAUGAAGAUAGUUGGGAUUCUAUGGAGAUCACAGAAUGUGCCUAUGAUCAAGUGUUCUGUUUCAAACUCUUGAUGGAACAAGUUUUUGUUUUGACUUCUUUUUUUUUUUCCCACUUUGUUUCUAGAUGAAGAUACACAGCUGGUAAAAGAUUCAUGUUGGUCUAAAAGACUGAGGAGUGAGGAGAGGAUUAUUCCCAUGAUAGGAACUCCAACCAUUUGUUGGGAAUCCAACUUCAUGCGUUGUACUUUGAGAUGUAAAUUUAUAGAUAGAUAGAUACUAAUCACAGUCCAUACAUUCUUUCUUUGUCUAUGAUGUUAAUUAGUUAUUCUUAUGUGUGAUGCGUCCUAUAUGUUUUGUUCAGUUGUUAACUUCUAAUGCGUUGUUUUAGAUGGAUGGCAAAAGAUUGAAAAGGUUAGAAGAUGCAGAUAGGAAGGAAUGGAACUUCUGGUGACUUUAUUCCCCUUUGUAUUCCGUUGUGUAGAAUGUUACAUAUCUUCUAGAUUGGGAAAUAAGAUUGGAAACGGCUAUGAAAUUA